GCCCAGGCCCUGCGGAGAGCAGGAAGGAAACAGGGGGCUGUGCUGGGAAAGUGGAAGUCCCUGGCCCUGCCGUGCGCGGAGCCAGGAGCCAUGGCCGCGGGGGACCUGGCGGGGAGCUUCCAGGAGGAGGUGACUUGCCCCGUGUGUCUGGACUAUUUCACGGACCCGGUGACUCUCGAGUGCGGACACAACUUCUGCCUUGCCUGCAUCAGGCAGUGCUGGGGGGAGCCGCAGCCCCACGGCUGCUGCCCGCAGUGCAGGGCGACGGCCCCGCACAGGGACCUGCGGCCCAACAGGCAGCUGGGCAACGUGGUGGAGCUGGUGAAGCGGCUGCGGCUGCGGCUGCCGGCGGGGAGCGAGCCCGCGGGGCUGCCCGUGUGCCAGAGGCACCAGGAGGCCCUGAAGCUCUUCUGCCAGGAGGACGAGGCGCCCAUCUGCGUGGUGUGCGACAGGUCCCGGGAGCACCGCCAUCACACUGUGAUCCCCGUGGAGGAGGCUGCCCAGGACUACCAGGAGCGGAUGCGGAGCCGCCUGGAGCGCCUGCGGGAGCAGAGAGAGGAGCUGCGGGGCCUGAACCGCGCCUGGGAGCAGGAGAGCCAACGGCUCCGGAGGCAGACGGAGGUGGAGCGGCAGCUGGUGGUGUCCGAGUGCGAGGGGCUGCGCCAGCUCCUGGAUGAACACGAGCGGGUCUGCCUGGCCCGGCUGGGAGAGCUGGACACGGAGAUUGAGAGGAGGAGGGAGGAAAAUGCCGCCCGCCUGGGCAAGGAGACUGCCCGCCUGAGCGCCCUGAUCACGGAGCUGGAGGGGAAGUGUCAGCAGCCGGUGCUUGAGCUCCUGCAGGGUGUCAGACGCGCUGUGAGCAGGGGCGAGGAGGUGACGCCUCUGCAUGCAGCCCCCGAGUUCCCCGAGCUGGAGAAGAGACUCCGGGAUUUC